AGCCCAGGAGCUAGCGCUCAACUCCCACAUCCUGUGUCAUGGCCUGUGAACAAGGGCUGGCCCAUGAGCUGGUGCUCAACCCUCCUAUUAGCUCGACCAGAAUGCGGGUCAGCCAGCAAUUCCUGCAGUCUUGUCACCUUUAAGACUCGAUCGUCGAGGCUCUAGAUACACCUGUUACUCCUUGCAAGGGAGGAUCAUGUGGAUAGAUACGUCUCAUGGUCAGACUUUCAGCCAUGGUUUCGGUCAUGCCCCAGCCCUGGACCGCCUCUGUCUUCACUCGAGGUUGGGCUGUGUACUGGCAGGUAGCCUGCGUGCAGGAGCAACAGGGAGCAGUGCAGGCCACCAGCAGAGUGGUGCAGGUCACCAACAUGGUGCAGGCAGCCUGCCCUCACCCUCGGAAGUCUCGGCUCAGGCCACUAUCUUCGUAGCGGUGAUUGUUGUGUUCUAUGCAGCAAUUAUCAUCAUCCUUCUUGGCACUAACAUGAGCAGCCCGAGGUCAUCCUCGGCAAGAUCUCGCCGCUCCAGGUCACGACCUCGGUGCAAGACCAAGUCUCGCCACCAGCUGGUUCUCAAUCCUCAAGAUGGUUCAGUUUCCACUCAGCAUGCUCACAAGAAGGACCUUAAUUCACAAGCUGGAGCUAACACUGUGUAAAACAACUGUCAAAGCUCUACGAAGUAAGAAAUUUUGUCUACUUGCCUUUAAAAGCUAUGUUCAUAAUGCCUCUGGUAAUAUAAAAGACUUCGGCUUUUGCUAUUCUUUCAAGUACUGUCCUGUAGUUUUCAUUAUUGUAGUAGCUUCCUUCACCAUUCACUAACAAAGUAGAUUUGAGUCCAGAGUUAUGUAUUUGGCCAAGUACUGGAGAGGAAUCAUCCAAACUCAUAACUGUUUCUUUCGUUUAAUUUUUGAAUGUUCUUUUAUUGAUGUUUGCAGUUUUUCUUAAUGUAUACUGUACUGCAGUAAAUUCUUAGCUUUUCGUUCAGUAUUAAUCAAACACUGUAUAAAUUUUGUCUCAAUAAUUAAUAUUUCCUGGUAAUGUUUUUUUAAAGGAUCCCAGUGGAUAUAAAUCAGUGUUUGACUUUAUUGGCUUAACUUAGCUUCAUUUCUGCACAAUUUACGAUAUAAAACCAUUAUAAAAGUUACAAAUUAUGUGCAAUAUGUAGCCUAAAUAAAUACUG